AUGCGAAAAUGCAUAGUUGCUACCAAUAUUGCUGAAACCUCUUUGACUGUAGAUGGUAUUCUAUUCGUAAUCGAUCCCGGUUUUUGCAAGAUGAAAGUUUAUAAUCCGAGAAUUGGUAUGGAUGCACUUCAGAUCUUUCCUGUUUCGCAAGCCUCCGCGAAUCAGAGGUCAGGUCGUGCCGGCCGUACGGGGCCUGGACAGUGUUUCCGUUUAUAUACUGAGCGACAAUUCAAGGAAGAAAUGCUUGUGUCUACUGUUCCUGAAAUCCAACGUACCAAUCUUUCAAACGUGGUUUUACUACUUAAAUCUCUUGGUGUUGAUGAUCUGCUGAAAUUUCACUUUAUGGAUGCACCACCGCAGGAUAACAUGUUGAAUUCCAUGUAUCAGUUAUGGACCCUGGGAGCCCUUGACAACACCGGGCGUCUCACUGACUUGGGAAGGACGAUGGUAGAAUUUCCACUUGAUCCAACUCUUUCAAAAAUGCUUAUCGUUUCUGAGGGAAUGGGAUGUAGUGAAGAGGUACUCACGAUUGUUUCAAUGCUUUCGGUGCCUGCUAUAUUUUUCCGACCCAAGGGAAGGGAAGAUGAAGCUGAUGCCAAGAAAGAGAAGUUCCAGGUUCCCGAAUCCGACCACUUAACAUUCCUGAAUGUCUAUCUGCAAUGGCGUCAACACAAGUACUCGGCCAAGUGGUGCGCUGACAACUACAUUCAUGCGAAAGCCAUCAAAAAGGUGCGAGAAGUUCGUGCUCAAUUGAAAGAGAUUAUGCAAGAUCAAAAGAUCAAGAUCAUCUCUACGGGUAGCGACUGGGAUGUUAUUCGGAAAUGUAUUUGCUCGGCCUAUUUCCAUAAUGCUGGCAGGUAAAA